GUUAUGUGGUAGAAAGCCUCAAUCUGACUUCUCUUUUGUCCUUCCUCUCCAAAAGAUUCCUCUUCACAUAAGCAUGGACUGGAGAUUGCUUGAAGCUGCGGCUAAAGGGGACACUAAUCUCCUUGAUCUUACCACAUUUCACCAAUCAGAUUUCGAGAAGGUAACGCCACAAAACAACAACGUUCUUCAUGUUGCAGCUAAGCACCAGAGGCUGGAUUUCACCGCUGCCUUACUUGAUCUUUGCCCAUCACUCCUCCUCAAAGAGAACAACAAUGGAGACACACCUCUACACGUGGCAGCUAGUAUCGGUUCCUUCGAAAUUUCGAAACUUCUUGUCAGUUCAGCCAAUCAAGUAACUUCAGAUGUCGAACACCAGGGAAUAACCAACACACAGAAGCAGCUACUGAGGAUAACUAACAAGCAAAACGAUACAGCAUUAAAUGUUGCAUUAAAGAAUGGACACGUUGAUGUAGCUAAGCUCUUUGUUGAAAAAGACACAGGGUUGUUACAUAUGACUAAUAGCGAAUCUCCUCUGUACUUGGCUAUUGAAAGAGGGAGUUUCGACAUUGCUGAUCAUAUUUUGGAAAGCUUUCCUUUGGCCUCCGGUAAAGGGCCUAAAGGUAUGAAUGCUUUGCAUGCCGCUUUGAAUUCCGCCAAUGUCAGCACUGGUGUCAUGAGAAAACUGAUUGAGACAAGACCAGAAAUGAUCAGAGAAGUUGAUUUUAUUGGAUGGACACCUCUGCAUUAUUCGGUAUGGCUAGGCAAAACUGCGAUAACUCGGCUCUUGCUUCAACAAGAUAGUUCGGCUGCUUAUAUAUCUGAUAAGGAAGGACAAUGUCCGCUUCAUCUAGCGGCGUCUACUGGUCAAAUUGAGGCUUAUAGAGAGCUUGUUCGUAGCUGUCCUUAUGUUUGGGAGCUACUUGAUUGCAAAGGCAGAACAUCUCUUCACUCUGCAGUCAUAUCAGGACAAAGAGGAAUCAUUCACUGUAUUCUAGAGAUGCCGGAGAUUUCUCUUCAUCUGUUGAACGAAAGCGAUGUAGAUGGAAACACACCUCUCCAUCUAUCGGUUAUUUACAAAUGUUACUCCAUAUUGCUACUUUUUCUGCGAAAGAAGCGAGUCGAUAAGCAUGUUAUGAACCAUAAUCACUUCACCGCUGCAGAACUCUUCUACUCUCAGAAGCAAGAGAUUGGUUUCAAGGUGGCGAUGGCAUACUAUGCACUGCAAAGAUACUACAAACAACCUACUCAGCGACAGAACAUAGAGACAGAGAAGAAGCAGGAAAAGACAGAUAUUGAAGAGAGCAAUACGAGAAAUGAUGGUGCAAUGUACGAGGUUCAUUUGCUAGUCGCGGUUCUUGUUGCAACCGUAGCGUUUGCUGCGGCAUUCCAGUUACCUGGUGGUUACAAACCAGACGGUACACCUGCAUUGAUGGAAAAAGCAGCUUUCAAAUGUUUCUUGGUGUUUGACACAAUCGCCUUCUGCUUCUCUGUAGCCACAGUCUAUUUCUUGUUCUAUGCGUCGCGAGAUGGGUUUCGCGCCCGCUCUGCUUUCCUCUACAUGUCUGCCCUGCUAAUGGUUGUGUCACUGAUUGCAAUGACGUCUGCAUUUGUCUCAGGGAUGUAUCUAAUUUCGUCCAAGUCGAGAGAAUUAGCCGUCUUACCUUUCUUGAUGGCUGGACUCUUCAUCUUGCACGGUUUCAUCUACUGGUUCCUUGAUCCACGCGGCAGCUACGUCCUUGGCCUCGGACGACCUCGCCAGUUUUUCAGGAAAUUAAUCUUUGGGAACUCAUUGUUCCAUAUUCUGGUACAAGACUGAUUUUUAUUUGAAUUGUAAUGAAAAAAACAAUGAGAAUUACAUAACACUUCGUACCGAGUGAUAAUAAUAAUAAUCGAGUUCUUUUUGGUUCAAAGCUACAUAGAGUACAAAGUAAUGAAAGUACAAUCUGACCUCAGGAAUUACAGGAAAAAGAAGGGAGUUUAUGCGUAACAUUAUGCUCGAG